AGCAUCUAAUAUGAGUAACAGGCCGGUCUAUUCGCCACUGUCAAUACUGCGUUCAUCAUUGCAAUGCAGCCAGAUCCUAUUGACACUACCAACGUUCUGUUACUGAAGCUUAUCCAGAACACAUCGGAUAGUCGUUCUGCUACCCAGCCAACAAUCAUUUUGUCAUCUACAGGUUUCUCUUCUUCCGGGUUAUGGGUGCAGGCGCUUGCGUAUGCGAGCCUUGGACUUAAUCUUCUCGCUGCCUAUGGUGCCGUUAUGGGCAAGCAAUGGCUGGGUCACUAUAAGACAACCCGUUUUGAUGGUGGAUCUAACAAAGAUCGAUGUCAGCAGAGGCACCGCAAGUUUCAGGAGCUAGAGACGUGGCGAUUUGAAAAUGUGUUGCGGUCAUUCCCAGUUCUUCUGCAAAUCUCCCUUCUUCUAUUCGGUCUGUCCCUGGGAGCCAUGUUGUGGAUGCAACAACGACCCAUCUCCAUCCUUGUUUUUGCAAUGACUACUUUCGGUGGCCUUUGCCAUGCCUUUGUCAUCAUGGUGUCGUCAAUACAUCCUGACGGUCCAUUCCAGACGCCUGUCUCCUUGGGCAUCCAGGCUGUCCGUCGUCAUUUUCGUGAACGUGCGGGCUUCCAGCACCAAGAUGAAGAUUCUGUCACAUCCGCCAUGACGUGGAUCUUGGAGACUUCAAGGAGCCCUGUUGUUGUUAGGUCGGUGGUCGAACUGAUACCUACAAUGUCAGAGCUGCCAAAUGUGGAUAUUGUGUCAUUAUGCACAGAAGUUCGAGACAUGUUCAAGGCAUGUUUUGAUCUGCAUGGUAUUCCGAUACUGCACGACAGCGCACUGGCAUAUGGGAAAGCGUUGAUCUACUUCUCUUCCAAACAUGAUGAUGUGAGGGAUAUGCUCCACACAACUACACAGGGUUGGAAUCUCUGGGAACGGUGGCGCGCCCUGUAUUUACCUCAGGCGCUGGAACAAUGUAGAGUUUUCUACCGCCGAAUGGGCAACAUCCAUAAUCCAAAGUCAAAGUUAUACUUAGGGUUACAAGCAGACACCCAUGCUGCUCUGCGUAUGGCCGUGGCUGCUGGUGUAGACGAUUUUGCUCGUCCCAAUGAUGACAGAUUGAUUUGGAAUGGUCGAUUCAAAUUCAAACCCACUCCGUCGGGAGACGAAGGUGACUGGUUGUUGAGCUGCGCAGAGCACUUCUACGACAAUCAUGACAUUGACGCAGCUGGAGACGCUCUGCUCUUGUUUAGUCACAUACAGAUGGAAUCAUUACCCCGUAUCCGAGACCGCAUCGCUCGACUUCUGAACGACAGCCAGUCACAUAGAUUUCUCUAUAUCGCACUUCGUACCGUCUGCCGAAGAGCCACCCUGCAAGAUCUCCUCCCCAUUUUCACGGAGAAAGGUUUCCAAUCCUUCCGCCAAGCUAUUUCGAAGGCCAUUCGUCUCAUGGUCCAACAUGAAUGGUCCGAAGGAGACAAUCAAGCGAUAUAUCGCCUGUCCCAAAUCCAGUUUCUUGUAUUCCUCGUUUUACCUGCACCCAAGGUUGACGAUCUCGCAAAGUAUACUGAUUACUGCCGUGCCCUCAUUCGCUACAUGGGUGAAGAUCAAUGUAAUGGGCUCCGCCGUUACACUGCACAAAUUGUCUGUAAUGCCCGACAAGACCUUGUAGAGUUCACCACUGCUCUUAGAGCUGAUGAGUCCUUGCGAAAUUCAGUGCUCCCCGAGCUCUGCCCAACCCUCAUCACCACAAUUUUUACUUGCUGUAAUGAUUUGCGUCUCGAACGCCGAGGUUUUAUCCCCUAUUUCCGUCUCGCCUUCACUCUUGCAAAGAGCUCCGACUGGCAUCCUUACUUGAUCAGGAAUCACCGCUAUAUCGAAAAGUGGAUCACAAGCACGCUCACGGAUUCCAGUCUCGCUCAACGUCUUCGCAAUCCCACUCCUCGCAAUCAAUAUUCCUCCACCGAUGUCACUAGUGAAGAAGCACAUUGUCUCUUUUACCUCGCCGGAAUUUCCCUCCGUAUUUCUCCACCAAAGAAGGCCGCAUCCUGCUUUAGUGACGCCAUAACCAUGCAUUUGUGGGACUUGAUGAGAGGUGCAUGGUACAUCAUCGAGUCUUGCCCUUUCGAUGAGUUGUAUGAUGUUGUCGAGAGCCUUCCGGCUCUUGUCAGAGGAACGAAGCGGCACAUGCCAUCAAAUGUUUCGAAGAUUGAGCUCAAAUCUCUCAAGGAGUUGUUGACCAAAACGCUUGAUGUGUUACGACAACAAAAAAAGGUAGAUAAGAAUAUCAUAUCUACUGUGGCAGAUUCGAAGAAUGGCAUAUCCAAGAGAUUGGCCUGAGUUCCGGACGGUAUGGAGCUGGGGGAGUUUGGCGAACAAAGUGCAGAGGAUGCUCCAGAUCUUCGGUCCCAUGCAUCUACAUGACCACUUAACCACUGUGUCUUCGUACCGACCCAGUGAUUUUUCAAGGGAAGACCAAUGCUAACCCUCCCGUACAAAUAAUUUAUCUGUUCUGGUCACGCAACCAUAUAUGCGACCCCAGCGAGACGAGAAAUCAUCAGGAAACGGUGGGACAGCCCAUUGUUUGACUGCAGUCCAGAAACAUCACUCGCGUUCCACAACCUCAUACUUCACCCAAAC